AUGAUUGACUUCAUGAGACAAGCUCUCGAAUUGGCUAAAUCUGCUCUGAAUACCAAUGAAGUGCCAGUAGGCUGUGUCUUUGUUAGGAAUGGAAAAAUUGUUGCACAGUCAAAAAAUAGUGUAAAUGAAACUCGGAAUCCAACAAGGCAUGCUGAAAUAAAUUGCAUUGAUGAGGUUUUGAAUUACUGCCAGGACAGAAAUAUAGAGUAUCGGAGCUUCUUUGAGGAUAUUAUAGUAUAUGUAACUGUGGAGCCUUGUAUCAUGUGUGCAGCGGCUUUGAAAAACUUAAACAUCAAAGAGGUCAUUUAUGGAUGUGCAAAUGAUAGAUUUGGAGGACAUACUGUCAUAGAUGUAGGUGAUAUUUACCCAAAUAGCUAUAGCCUAACUGCUCAUAGCCAUGCUCAAGAAGCCAUGGAUUUACUUAAACAAUUUUACAAAGGUACCAAUCCACAUGCCCCUCAGGAAAAAGUGAAGAAAAAAAAGACAAAACAAGAUGAGGAAAAAUUAUAA